AUGCCUAAAGUAAAAAGCCGAUUGACAUCUCGUGAGGAAAAAUGUUUGAUCGACAUUGAUCUCAUAUCUCCUGAACGUCACGACUUUGCCCUGAUGUUGCUGUGCUCCCGAAUACUCUACAGAUGUCAACUCAAAUGUUUUCAACACACGCGCCUUAGUGUCAGUGACGUACGCGACAUUGUACAGUGUGAGGUAGAUAAAUUGCCGGAAUUGCUCUCCGCAAUAGGCGCUUCAUUGGAGGCCAACGGAAGUAUGAGUAGUGUGAACCAUCAUGAGAAUUUGAUGGUGUUGGAUUUUCGUAAUCAAUUGUUGAAUUCGGCGUUCCCGUUGGAUGUCAUAAAGAAUUUGUUGGUCGCCGAACAGUCUUCGAGGAGUAUGCGUAGUCAACACGAGAAAAACGUCCGGAAAUUAUACCGUAACCUGGUUAAUAUGACGGAAGAUCUUAAGAAGUUCAUGCACACCUCUCCUCCCGCCUCAUCUGCGAAUGCCAACAACAACUCUUCCGCCCAAUCGAGGAAGAGAUUUCAAUUUCGACCGAUUUUCUUCGUCAACCGACAUCUCCUCAGCACAGAAGGAAUUUCCGAUGACGGCGAGGAAUUCUUUAUAAAUCCACCAAAACCCGUUCUAUGGCUUCCCGUUCUCACCAACAAAGAACGCAUCACGCAGCGUACAACUUCGGCCUUCUCACUAAGAAAGAAAACAGAAUUUACCAAAAACAAUGGACCAUCAUUCAGGCCUCAACUACUCCGAAUGAAUUUUGUGCAAACAUUUGGCAGCAGACAAAAUCAACCACAACAGCAACGUCGUCAGGCUAACGCCGCAUCACAACGGCGCAAUAACGGUCGAUCACCAUCGUCGAACGACAGAUGUCAUGUCACGUCGAUGCGCCCGCAACAAUGUAGGCUAUCGAAUGCAACUUCCACAGCAGCGAUUGAUAACUCUACUUAUGGGAAUGAAGAAUAUCAAGGUAAAGCACAAGCGAAAACGGUGUCGUCACCUUCGAGCUUUGUCCCCGUCACCUCCAUCGGCGCCAUCAUAUGUCACGAAGACAUCCAUAAAGUCAACUCCGACAAUUCACCCGCCACCCACCACUCCCACUCUCCGCAAAGUACAAGAAACAACAUAAAUUCACAAUCAUCAUUAAUGCACCCACAAAUAAUUAAGCCCACACCAAAACGCCUGCCGUUUCCGAUCAACACCGAUCCCAACAUACUUAUCCAUCCCAAGAGUACGACAUCACUCGACGUACCAAUUACACCACCUUUACCACCAUCCACCUCGCAGUCCAUGGCGUCGGCGGCUCCAUCAUCUUCAAGAAUCUGUAACUGCAGCCCGCUAAGUUUCACUCACGAUUUCCGAAAAUUAUGUCCCUGCGUGAUGAAUCAGAGUAACGGUGGGCAGCACAAGAAUCAGUACACGAUGCCUCAAAUACAAACACCGCCGUUGGCCACUCCUCCGCUGUUUAAGUGGGACCUCGAGUACAAGGGAGGUAGAAGGGACUCACUGGCGAUGGAUCACGCGUCUCCUAGAAGCAGUGAAGAUGCAAACAUUCGAAGUAACACUUCACCAUCAUCCAUUUCAUCAUUUCCUUCCAUCUCGCUAUCAUCUUUUUCACUCUCGUCCCCUUCACAUUCUUUGUCCCCGCCUACGGCCAAUAGCUACUUUCACAUUUUACCCAGUCCGAUUAUUAGAGAGGGCUUCGGGGACAGUUCGCAGAUGAAUCCUGAUAAUAAUGCACCGAGUUCCACAUUUAGACAGAAUCCUAUAUAUUGA